UGUCCAUUAUCUUCUCUCUCUUACCCUAGAAUUUCACUUUCCAAUUCAGUUCCCAAAUUAUUUUCCCCAAAACAAAAGGUUAAUAUUUUGUUUUAAAUUUUUAUAUACAAAUAAUACUAGCACCCAAAAAUUUUCCCUCCUUCUCUGUUAUAUGGCAUUUCAUGUCGCCUGUCCAAUUACCUGCCGGCGGGUAUGUUUCUGCGCUUUGGGUUUUCCGCGGAGCUUGCAGAGCGAGAAUGGGAGGGGCGAUUUCUUGCAGGAGGUUCAUGCGAUUGAUCGUUUCUUGAAUGAUCCAUGGCUGAUUAAGGCCAGGGAGAAUGCCACGGUGCAGGUUCAGGUCCCCAAGGUGGCGGUUAAAUCGCCUGCUUCGCUUCCUCCACGCCUGCAAUUUGGAGGCGAGGAGGCGGAGGUACCUGCAGCUUCAUCUCAGCUGAAGAGGGUGAAGCUGCAGAAGCAAGGUGCUGCUGCGUCGAUUAUUGGAGAGGAUUAUUCGAGGAGGUUUGGGUCUGGUGAUUUGGUGGUAUCUGCAAAAGAUGCUGAGCAAGGCCAGUCCAAUUCCAAGGUAGUAUGCCUGCUAUGCUUCUCUGGUGAAAAUGCAGGAAGUGAAAGGGCAAGAAAGAUGCUAUCUUGCAAAAGUUGUGGGAAGAAGUAUCACAGGAGCUGUCUGAAAGCUUGGUCUCGAAAUAGAGAUAUUUUUCACUGGAGUUCUUGGACUUGCCCCUCUUGUCGAAUUUGUGAGGUCUGCCGAAAAACUGGAGAUCCAAAUAAGUUUAUGUUCUGUAAGAGGUGUGAUGGUGCACACCACUGUUACUGUCAGCAACCUCCACAUAAGAAUGUUGGCCAUGGGCCAUACUUAUGCCCAAAACAUACAAAUUGCCACAGCUGCGGUUCUUCUGUCCCUGGAAAUGGCCUAAGUGUGCGGUGGUUUUUGGGGUACACUUGUUGUGAUGCUUGUGGAAGAUUGUUUGUCAAGGGAAACUAUUGCCCGGUCUGUUUGAAGGUAUAUAGAGAUUCCGAGUCAACUCCAAUGGUUUGUUGUGAUAUCUGUCAACACUGGGUGCACUGUCCUUGUGAUGGAAUCAGUGAUGCAAAAUAUAUGCAAUUUCAAGUCGAUGGAAAUCUCCAAUAUGUUUGUCCUGCAUGCCGUGGAGAAAGCUGCCAGGUUAAGAAUCCUGAGGAGGCUGUUCAGGAACUUUGGAAACGGAGAGAUGAAGCUGAUAGGGAUUUGAUAGCCAGCUUGAGAGCAGAUGCUGGGUUGCCUACACAGGAAGAAAUUUUUGACAUUUCACCUUUUUCAGAUGAUGAAGAGAGUGAUCCUGCAUCACGAAAGAAUGAAUAUAACCGUUCUUUGAAGUUUUCCCACAAAGGGCGGGAUGAAAAAUCACCAAGAAGGACUAAAGAAUAUGGAAAGAAAUCUUCAAAUAAGAAGCAUGGCAAGAAGAAGAGAAAUGAAAUAUCUUUUACCAAUGGAACCAACACAGAGAAUUUUGGCAGACACACUGAUGGUAAACCUUUUGGAUAUAAAAGCAGUGAUAACAAGAAUGAAAAAAAUCAACUCUCUGAAGAGCAUGCAACUUCUUCAUCUGGAGCUGGAAUCUUAACUGAAGCAAUCAGUGAGGCUGCAAUCUCUAAUCACAAACAUGUUGAUGAGGUGAUUGUAGCUCCUGGAACUAAGACAUCCAGGACUAUCAAAAUAAAUAACAACAAACCUCAAAGUUUGACUAAUAGCGAGGAUAGUCAUAGUGGAAUGCUGAAAACUGGGCAGGGCCCAAAGCUUGUCAUACAUUUGGGUGGCCGAAAUAGGAAUGCAAAUAGUCCUCCUACAUCUGAAGCUUCCAGUCUAAAAAAGGGACGAUAUUCAAAUGUGGGCACUGAAGAUGCGAGUCAACUGAAACAUCAUGAGAGCAUUGAGAGGGCCAGCACUGCAACUACUUAUGGGGAUACAAAAGAUCACAAAAUGAAUCAUGCUGGUCAAAUCAAAAGCUCCAAAUUGCAAGAAAAAGAGGGCCUGUUGAUAAAGUUCAAAAAUGUCAACUCAGAAUCCUCUAACAUCAGCUUAAAACACGCAGGAGGAUUUUCAAAGGCAUUUGAAUCUGAUAAUCCACAGGGUGCACAUUCUUUGCUGGGUAAAAGAACUACUGAAGAUGGUGCAUCAGCAAGGUGGGGACCAGAAUUCCCAGGUACUCGGAGGAACAAACAUUCUUCAAUCAAGAGUGGAGAUGAUGUGCCUACCAUGUCUAGUGAGUUGGUUGAAGAAAAUAGUAGCUUUCCGCCCACGUCACAGGCGUCUUCAGAAGGCCACAAGCCUCAUUUGAUAUUUAGAAUUCCAAAGAACUCAAACACAGGAAACCAAAAUGAUCAAGGUAAUAUGAGUAAUGCAGAUUCUCUGCGAGUAUCUGGAAAGGGGGAUAUCACUUAUACCAGGGGUCAAAGGUCGAAGAGAAGGAGACCAGCACUAGGUGACGGAGACACAUCUCAGCAGCAUGAAGAUAACACAAUAAAGGAGUUUACUGAUGCCAACUGGAUACUUCAAAAAUUGGGGAAAGAUGCUGCUGGGAAAAGAGUUGAGAUUCAUCAGUCAUCCAACAAUACCUGGCAUAGGGGAACCGUGGUUGAUGUCUUUGAGGCUGAGGGUGCAUCAAUUGUAGCUGUCUCUCUAGAUGAUGGAAAGACUAAGAAUUUUGAACUUGGGAAGCAAGGUAUCCGUUUUGUUUCUCAGAAGCAAAAGCAUUGAUUCUGAUCUCACAAUAGAUUUUGAGUUCUAAAGUGAGCAGUAAUGGAAAAAAAGAUACUCUUAUACACACCGAGCUUCUAUGAUACAAUUGCAUGGUGUGUUAACUGAAGCUUCAAGAUGGAGCGUGAAUGGCUCCUCUUUUUCCUUCUCUCGAGCCAUUCUCUCUUUCGUGUGAAUCCUUUCUCAGCCAGAUCCCUUUGCAGGAAAGAGCCAUUUGUGCCCAUAGUUUGAGCUGCGUGACGAAUGCAUGACUUCCUGCACUCUGUCAAUGUCUCUGAAAUGGCGGAGAAAGGAACAAUGUUGUAACCCUUAAAUGCUUACUCCAUUCCUGCUUCUAGCUGAACAAAUUACUUGUCUAUUGAUAAGCAGUGUAUUUGCUUUUAUCAUGAAAUUGUGUGAUGAGUUGGAAGUUGGAACGGUUACUGGAAAAUGUUGAAAAUUUAGGGCUAUAGAAUAUUGCAAUUGCCUCUA